UAGAGCAGGCAUAAGCAAAGUUUUUUGUCUUUGGGCUGCAUUGUGGGCCCAGCUGGGAAGGUCUGGCCAGGAAAGAGAGCAGCCAGGCACACACUGGCUGGGAUGGAUCCAGAAGAGUGAGGGCCUGGGAGAGUGCAGGGCCAGGAAGGGGCAGAUUAUUCUCAGGUUGUCCUGGCAUAAGGACAGGGCUGCUCACCCCAUCCUUAUGCUGGGAGGAAAAACAAGACAUGUUUGCGACUGCCGCGAUCCUCCUCCCCAAUACUCCUCCCUCAAUAUUUGGGCUUUCCUCUCAGUGUUAUGGCAGGAGGAGAGUGAGACAGGCAAUGUCCAAGAGCACCCCGGAGGGCUCUCAACCACUGUGUGCCUUUCUAUAUAAGGAUGUGGUGGGCUGCCGCAGCUUUAUUCCAAGAGGACAGGGAAAAUGAGGAGGGCCUGAGGUAAAUGCCUGUCAUAGAGUCUAUCAGGUUUGAGGCAUCCUGUGAUUAUUUCUUCAUGUUUUAUUCAGUGCUAUGUUCACCUGCUUUGCGUAGACAGACUUGUGCCAAACAGGGCAGGCAUCCUCAGCAGUUCAAUAAGACAAGGCCAGGGCUCAUGUUCUUAUUAAUUUUGGGUCUGCACCCCAUGUGGUGCCAGUACAUUUCUGCAGGAUGUUAUUGCAUGCAGCUACUUUGUACUUGGUGUUCAUGCAGUUUUUCCUAUAUGUUAGUAUAUGAUCUAAGGUGACACAGAGAUAUUUGGGAUGGGAACAGUGUUCGAGCUCUUGGCCUUCCGAGGUAACUAUCAGUUUUCUGUUGGCUUCAAGCUUACAUAGUUGGAAAGCUCAGACUAGUCUCUUGGCAGGGUUAGGCUUCAGGUGUUUAUCUUUGUAGUAGCUGGAGAGACCUUUCAGGGCAUUAGUAAGUUGGUUUUCCCACUGCUUUCAAGUCUUUUGCUUGUGUUGUUAGACCAAGGUCAUUAGCAUAUAUAAAGCUUUUUGUGAAUGGUGACUGUGGCUAAUUGUUGUAAAGAUAUUGAACAAGGUCGGUGCAAGAAAGCUACCUUGGGGUACAACCAUUCAACAGCGAUAAGAACAGGAUAUAUAUUGUUAUGCAAAUAUAAAUUUAAGGGGUGACUUGAUUUUUUUUUCUCUUGUCUUUUGAUCAGUGCCAUGGCAGAGGGUAGAGGCCCCACUCACCUUCUUGAUGUCUGUUAUCAAAAGUUCUCAGAAUUUCUGUUCAGUGCUGAAUACAAAUACUUGGUGUGGUUGCGGGAAAUUGAGGAGGAAGCACUGAAGAGGUUUGAAAGCAACUUCAAUGCUGAGCCUGAGCUGAUGCCCAAAACACCAUCUCAGAGAAAGAAUCGAAAGAAGAAGCGAUCCUCAUCAUUUCACUAUGAAAAUAAGGAGCUAACUCGAAAACGACUAUCUAGAAUGUGAAGUGGUAUAAAGACAGCAUGUUUUCAGAUGCUUUCCCAAUCUAAAGAGGGCCUAGAAAACUUUGAUGUGGAGAUAACAGAUUCCAUAUCUUACUGUAUAACAAGAUGUGCUAAAGAAGCAUCAGAAGUACAAAGUGAUAUAUCUCCAGAAGGAAGAGUAAUUGUUACUAAUUGUGGUCUAAGUGCUGAAGUAAAGGAGGAAGGGAAUGAUGGUGUAAAUAGAGCCCUAUGUUCAGAUGGCAGUUUGGUUCAUGUGGCUGGAACUGCAAUGAUGCUGCCAUCAGAAAAGACUGAAAAAGAGGAUGAUGCCUUCAGAUUAAGAAAUACACCAUCUCCAAAAGCGGCUUUCAAUGAGAAGUCAUCAAAUAGAGUGGAAGAAAUUCCAGCCCAAGGAUUGGUUAACAACUUGGUGUCAGCAGGGGAGCUUUUCCAGGAACUAAAGGAGAACACUGGAACCCCUGCAAGUUCCCAAUCAGGGCAUCGCCAUCCAAAUAGAGUACACAAGAACAAGAAAGUUUCCCUUGCGGAGAGGUAUUCACUAAGUAACAAAAGGAAAAGCAUGGUUCGGAAAUCCCUCAGCAGGGCAAUGGCCAAGAAGAAAGCAGCUCAAGACUCCUCAUCUGUCUGUAGCCAAGUCAACUCUCAUAGUUCUCUUGAAGUGUUUAUGGAUGAUGAAACAAGUGAUCAUGGGAAACAAAGUUAUAAGUGCUCAGUUGAUGAUCUGCCUUCUGUCCAGAACAUGCAAGAUGAAAACAAUUCCAGUCACAAAACGACAUCCUCUCAUGCAAACAAGAUCAUACGACCAUUCAAAAACUACUUCCAGUCUAUACAGAAAAAUCAACUACUCAAACCUUCAGGGUCACCAGUAAAUAAUAGUGUUAAACACAGCACACCCACUAGACCUCCCACCAAGGGCGAUUUUGUUGAAAAACAGCGACAGCGUCUGGAAAGUCUCAGGAAAAAGCAGGAAGCAGAGCAGCAGAGGAAGCAAAAAGUGGAGGAAGAAAAGAGACGACGAUUGGAAGAAAUAAAAUUAAAGCGUGAAGAAAGGCUAAGAAAGGCACUCCAAGCCCGAGAGCGGGUGGAGCAGAUGGAGGAAGAAAAGAAGAAGAGACUUGGACAGAAGUUGUCUCAACAGGAGGAAAAGAGUGAAAAGGUGAGAGAAGAGAAAGCAGCAGAGGAGAAGAACAGGAAGAAGAAGUCAAUUAAGAAAACGGGGGAAGCAGAAACCCGGAAACAAAAAAUGCUGCAGGUGGAAGAAGAGCCAAAGCUUCAAGAGCAACAAGAAAAAUGGAAGACAGUUGGGGAAAUUAGAAAAAUGCUUGAGCACAAUAAGGCAAAACAGGAAAAAGGGUGAGCAUUUUGCUUCCAUAGUUACAAGAAGGAGUGCAUCUCAAAUUCAGUGUGUUGCGAACCAGACAAUUUGGGGUCAGUGGAAAAUGGCAGCUUCCAAAACUGAAAAUUGUUAGUUCGAUGUGGCCAGCAUGAGUGUAUGGAGCGCUGUUACCUUCCCGCUGCAGCAGUACCUAUUGAUCUACUCACAUUUGCAUGUUUGUGAACUGCUGGGUUGGCAGAAGCUGGGGCUAACAAUGGGAGCUCACCCCGUCUGUGGAUUCGAACCUACAACCUUCUGAUCAACAAGUUCUGCAGCUUAGCGGUUUAACCUGCUGCGCCACUGCAGCCCCCAGACGGGGCUUAUGCACCUUUAAUGAUUAUGUGGAAAGAGAACUUUGCAGGUGUGGCACAUUGGAUGCUAAAGAUGGAGAAAUUUCUUCUCUAAAGCAAGGACACAACAUGUUCUUGGCAAGAUUUGUUCAAGGGGACUUUGCCUUUGCUUUCCUCUGAGACUAAGAGAAUGUGACCUGCUUAGAAAUUGUUAAUUUGACAAUCUUACAAUGUAGGUAAAUAUAUGACCUUUAAAGGCCUACAUGGUUUGGGUUCAAGUUACCUAUAGGAUCAUCUUCUCCCUUACAAUCCUCCCCUUGGGAUACUUGGUGGAUACUUACUUCAAAAAUCCAGAACCUGACUGACAGCUGUCACCCAGAGGACCUUUUCAUUGGCCAUGUUUUCAUCUAUAUAUUUUAUGGUAUGCAUUAAAUGGUGUAUUUCUAUCUAUGUAUUUUAUUGUAUGCAUUUUAUGUUCACAUGUUUUGACUUUGUUGUGCCCCACCUUGAGCCAACAGGAGAGGCAGGUAAUAAAUUAAAUGUAUUAUUAUUUGAUACACAACUAGAUUAGUACACGGCAAACGAGAUCACUAUGUUGGCUGUUGUAUUGGAUCAUAUGUCAGACACUUCUCAAGUGUCCAGGACUGUGUGAUGUAUCAGCGAAUAAUGCAAAAGGGUGGCCUUUUGCAGCUGACAGAUGGUAAUUUUGUCAGCACCAAUUGUUUUCAAGUGCAGGAUUGUCUUUAGGCACUGCACCCAGUGUGCCGAUCACCACUUGGACCAUCUUUACUGGCGUGUGCCAAAGUCUUUGCAGUUUGAUCUUUAAAUCCUCGUAUCAUGCCAGCUUUUCCAGUUGCUUCUCGUCAAUUCUACUGUCGCCUGGGAUUGCAACAUCGAUUAUCCAUACUUUGUUUUUUUUCCCGACGAUCAUGAGGUCAAGAAUAUUGUGCUCCAAAACUCUAUCAGUCUGAAUUUGAAAGUCCCAGAGUAGUUUGACAUGUUCAUUCUCUGUAACUUUUUCCAGCUUGUGAUCCCACCAGUUCUUUGUCACAGGCAGAUGGUAUUUGUGGCACAAGGUCCAAUGGAUUAUCUAAGGAAACGGUAUUAUGCCUCUACUUGUAGUCCAUCUGCGCGAUCUCUUGUAGCAGCUGACGAUGUGAUCCAUCUUUUGUCUGCUUCCUUACAGAGCCUGCACUUGGAAUCUGUCAUCGACUUUUCAAUUCUGGUUUUGAUGGCAUUUGUUCUAAUUGCUUGUUAUUGGCCUGCAAGAAUCAGGUCCUCGGUCUCCUUUUUCAAAGUUCCAUUUAUCAGCCACAUCCAUGUUUUUUCCUUGUCAAUUUAGCGCUCAGUUUUUACCAGGAACUGUCCAUUAAGAGUCUUAUUUGUCAGUUUUCUCUUCUGCUCUGCAUUGUAUUUUUACGGUAUUCACUCUUUGUCUUUUGCACUUUAAGCUUUCUACUAUUGACUCCUAUUGAUGUUGGUUCUUGACUGUCUUUCACAUAAUCUUCCAGGGCAUGUUUCUCUUCUACAGUUCGUUUCACUUGCAGAAGCUCUCUGCCUCCUGAUUUCCUGGACAGGUAAAGUCUGAUGACAUCACUACAUGGGUGUAAUGAGUAGUGGAUUGUCAUUAUUAUUAUUAUUAUUAUUAUUAUUAUUAUUAUUAUUAUUAUUAUAAGUAUGACACAGCAAACAAGAUAGAUAUGCUGGUUUUCGUUUCACAAAAUCACAAGUCGAACACUUCCCAAGUGUCUAGGACUGUGUGAUGUAUUUUCGCAUGAUGCGUGCAGAUUCCAGUAGGGUGGCCUUUUGCAGUUGGCAGAUCGUAAUUUUGUCAAUGUCUAUUGUUUCCAAAUGGCUGAGAUCUUUUGGCAUGGCACCCAAUGUGCCCAUCACCACCAGGACCACCUGUACUGGUUUCUGCCAGAGUCUUUGAAGUUCAAUCUUGAAGUCCUGAUAGUGGCUGAGUUGUUGUUGUUGUUGUUGUUGUUCUUCUUGUUGUUGUUGUUGUUGUUGUUGUUAUUAUUAUUAUUAGGAAUGGACCGCUGUGGCAAGUCCAAUGGUUACUUUUAUGCCUUGGGAUCCACAUGGAUUAUUUUGAAAAAUUGAACAAAAACAACCACCCUCAAAUGGCAAGAGCUCUAUAUUUAGUUGUCAAAAUUUGAUAUUUUGAGGUUUAAACAGUACAGAGAGCAUGCAAACUAUUGAAAAGAUAUUUGCCUUCCAAUGUUUUGCAGGUGAAAACAGUGACCCAUGUUGUCAAGCAAUAAUGGUCACGAUGGCAAAAUUAGGAAUGCCAAAACCCCUCUGAUCUUGGAUGCUAAGAAAGGUCAGCCCUGGGUUUAUACCUGAAUAAGAGACCACUAGUAAAUCCCAGGUGCUGUGGGCUGCAUUUCAGAGGAAGGAACGUGCAAAACCACCUUUGAGUAUUCCUUGCCUAAGAAAACCCUGUGAAAAAUGCAUGUGGCCGUCCAAGUUGACAGGUGACUUAAAGGCACAUACAAAUUAUGCAUUAGAAAGGCACAUAUCCUUCAUUUUUUUUAAAAAAAGAGUGCCAGCUUGAGAUACGAUAACAAUAUUGCUGUAACAAUGUUAACGAUGCAGGUAACAAAUUUUUCUCAAAGUGCUUUAUUGUGUUGCAGUUUUAAAAACACCCAAGUGAGUCCUUUGAAUUUGCCAGUGACUCCUUCUCUCCAAUAUCCUAUUUCUUUGCUUCCUUCAUCUGUGUACUAGUUUUCAGUUCGAAAAAGCUCCAUGACAAUUCAGCUGGUGUUCAUCAUAAUUUGCACUUCAUCCUGCCCUUCUCCCACCCCAAAUGUGAGAUCUGGCUAAUUAGUCACAUACGUUAUAGGGCUAGCGACUGCGAGACAGUCUCGUCUGGUUCCAAUCUUAAUGUUAUUUCUUGUGGCUGAUGACCUUGUUUUAAGCAAUGCUUCACAUCCCCAAACGGCCCCUCUUCUCAUCCUUCACCCCUCCUCCCCAUUAAAGCUGCCUUGUUUGCUUUUUGGUGCCACAAAUCUAAUUCCAAUUAGCAAUUCUGUCUGCAUUUUCAUGCCAUUGCACAAAUGUUCCAGAGAGAUUCUGGCAACAUAGAGAUGGAGUGAAUUUCCAAUCCCCAAGAAGGCAGUCAUUACUAAAAGCUUGCAAACAGAUUAUGUUAUUGCUAAUAAUAGAGCUACAAAUGCUCAGUAGUUAUGAUAGUCUUGUUGUUUGAUAGGAGCUGAGGUUUGCGGGGACCGAAACAUCUCCCUAAGUUUGUUUCUGCUAUGGAUGCUGACUUCUCUCUGGCUGGAUCCUUUCUACCUUUCAAAGCUGGAGGAGAGGGAAUCUAGCAGGAAUACUUUUGCUAUUUACAGGCGAGCAUCCCUUAUGCAAAAUGCUUGGGACCAGAAGUGUUUGGGAUUUUGGAAUAUAAGUGUAGAAUCCCUUAUCUGAAAUACCAGAAAUAUUUUGGAUUUUGGAAUACCUGUAUUUGCAUUAUAUCUUGGAGAUGGGACCGAAGCCUAAGCACGAAAUUCCUGUAUGUCAUAUUCACCUUAUACACAUACCUUAACGUUUCUUCUUCUUCAUUCACACAGUUGUUUCCAACUCUUUGUGACCUCAUGGACCAGUCCACGCCAGAGUUCCCUGUCGGCCGUCACCGUCCCCAGUUCCUUCAAGGUCAAGCCAGUUACUUCAAGGAUACCAUCCAUCCAUCUCGCCCUUGGUCGGCCUCUCUUCCUUUUUCCUUCCAUUUUCCCCAGCAUCAUGAUCUUCUCCAAGCUUUCCUGUCUUCUCAUGAUGUGGCCAAAAUACUUCAUCUUUGCUUCUAGUAUCCUUCCCUCCAGUGAGCAUUAUUUCCUGGAGGAUGGACUGGUUGGAUCUUCUUGCGAUCCAAGGCACUCUCAGGAUUUUCCUCCAGCACCAAAGUUCAAAAGCAUCUAUCUUCCUUCGCUCAGCCUUCCUUAUGGUCCAGCUCUCGCAACCAUAGGUUACUACGGGGAAUACCAUUGCUUUAACUAUGCGGACCUUCGUUGCCAGUGUGAUGUCUCUGCUUUUCACUAUUUUAUCAAGGUUGGCCAUUGCUCUCCUCCUAAGAAGUAAACAUCUUCUGAUUUCCUGGCUACAGUCUUCAUCUGCAGUCAUCUUCGCGCCUAGAAAUAUAAAGUCUGUCACUGCCUCCAACCUUAAAGGUAACUUUCAAUUUCAAUUUCUGUUUUAAAAUACCAGACUUGUAAGAAGAAGAAUAGCAUGCAAGCAUUGAGAGGUUUCUUAAGGAAGGGCUGGAAACUUCUCUCCUUCCAGGCAAGACCCUCCAGGCAUGAGGAUGAACGGAUCUGAUUUUAUGUUUGAAAUUUAUAUUUUGUAAUUUAUAUAGUAUUUUAAUAGUUUUAAUUGUUUUAUGCAUUGUUUGAUAUUGAUUUUGUAUGGGCAUCAAAUUGCUGCCAUUACUGUAAGCCGCCCUGAGUCCCUUCGGGUGAGAAGGGCGGGAUAUAAAUGUGAGAAAUAAAUAAUAAAUAAUUCAUGCAAUUUAUUUUAAUAAUUUUGUGCAUGCAACCAAGGCCCCUUCUAUACUGCCAUAUAAAAAUCCAGAUUAUUUUUCUUUGAACUGGAUUAUAUGGCAGUGUAGACUCAUAUAAUCUAGUUCCAAACAGAUACUGUGCAUUAUCUGUUUUGAUAAUCUGGAUUAUAUGGCAGUGUAGAAGGGACCUAAUUAAGAAUGAAUAAUCCCCUCAUUUCAUCUUGAUCUAGAAAUAGCCCUUUUAGCUAAGAUUUCUCUUCUAAUUUUCAUACUGGAAAAUAAGUUUGCUCUGAGUAUAUAUGUUAGGCUGAAGGACAAGCUGUGAGCAACUGUGGUAGGCACUUCAUGCAUCACAGUUAAUGGCACCAUGCGGGGACAGAAACCUCAAAGCUUGUGUUGAUCCUCAAUGGGCAGCCCUGGGGAGAAAUGCUUGUGAUGGUUUGCCAUCUCUUUCCCAUGAAUAUUCAUGAAUAAAGUUGUUUCCCCCCCUUGA